AUGCGGAGCAAGAAAAUGCUGAAAAGUCCGGAGAGAUUAUGGCCGAGAGCAGCUGUUAUCUACAAGUUCGACGCUACACUUCGAUGCCCUGAGUCUUAUAAAUGUACCAUUAUAAUGGAUGCCAUGGACCACAUCAUGGAGAAAACUUGUGUUCGAUUUAAAGAAUGGAGCGGAGAAAGAGACUUCGUGCGUAUCGAGGAAACUGCGUCUGCAAGCGGUACCAGCCUAUACGCUACAUCCGACUCAAGUCUUGGAAAGGUUCGUGGCGAGCAAACAAUUCGGAUCCACCCAAAGGCUUGGUUUAACAAUGGCCAAGGAACGGUCUUGCACGAGAUGGGCCACACCUUGGGCCUGAUUGACGAGCACAACCACCCGGACAGGGACCAUUAUUUGAAAAUUUUAUCCGACAAUAUUCACCCGGGAGCCCUUAUUAAUUUUCAAAAACGCGACAGAGCAGUUACAAAUAUUCUUGGACAGCCGCUUGAUUUCGACUCCGUAAUGAUGUAUCCUGACUAUUCGUUCUCCAAGGAACCGGGCAUACUAAAAGCACUGAGAUCGAAAGUAGGAUUAAGAUACCAUUAUAAAACUUCACUAUCCUCACGCCUUAGUGCUGGCGACGUGAGAAGAAUUCAAGACCUCUAUCGGUGCGAUGGAUCAAAUCAAAAGCCAAGCUUCCCUGUUGAUGUUGUUUGUUCCUUUGACGAUGAUAGCUGCGGAUUCAAAGGACUGGGAAAAAAUCCGCAUUGGGAGUGGAUUCCAAACACAGUAAAAUUUGAAGACGGUUGGAAAGGAGCCAAUCAACAAGCUAAGGGUGCGUUUUCACAUGUAUAA